AUGGUGACCGAAGGCAUUGUUCUUGGACAUAAAUUCUCUUCCAUGGGCAUUGGGGUUGACAAAGCAAAGGUUGAAGUCAUUGAAAAGCUUCCACCUCCAGUUAAUGUCAAAGGAAU